AAUGGGAAAUUUUAAAAGCGCAACAGCUGUUUGGCGUUCGCGGCGGCACUUUUAUUGGCCAAGUUCACGAAAUACAACAAGCAAAAAAUAACUGUUAUUGCAAUGGAGGUGGAAUUUAGCAAGGAAAACUUUUUACUGCCCGAAAUGAAAUAUGAAUAUUUGGACCACACAGCAGAUGUGCAAUUGCACGGUUGGGGCACAACGCUGCAGGAAGCAUUCGAGCAAUGCGGCGUGGCCAUGUUUGGCUACAUGACGGAGCUGGAUUAUGUCUCGGUGGAGACGUGCUACGAGAUCGAGGCCAAGGGCGAUGACAUCGAAGGGCUGCUGUUUCAUUUUCUAGACGAGCUGCUGUUCCUGUUUUCGGCAGAGCCCUAUUUGGUGUGCAAGAAACUGGAAAUCACAAAAUUCGAUCUGGAUAACUUCGAGAUUGUGUGCCGCUGCUAUGGCGAACCCUUCGAGCUGGGCAAACAUCCGCAGGGCACCGAGGUGAAGGCAAUCACAUAUUCGGCCAUGCAAGUGGUGCAGGACGUGGAGCACAGCCACUACGAAGUGUUUGUUAUAAUUGAUAUUUGAGUGACGAUCGCGACGCGGCGAGAGACCAGAGACGUUAAAGGUAUUAAAUGAGUUUGACAUUAUUGUUGUUAGCUUAGCCGAACGCAAUUUGCAUUUGUGCUUGUGCCCCCUUUGUUCAACCCUGUCUCCAUUAAUCAUAAGUGAAAUGCCCAAAAACGAUAAGAAAAACAAUAUACAAAUGUACAUAAGACAUACACAA